AUGGAGGCUGCCGCAUUGAGGCAGCCAGUCGGCGAUACGACCAUGGAGGACGCUGGGAAGGUAGAGCACAGCUUGGGAGCAGCUGUCGAUCCGCCCUCAAUACCGACUCUGGACGGCUGGAUCGAGAGCCUCAUGACCUGCAAACAGCUCGCCGAAGACGACGUUCGAAGACUGUGCGAAAAGGCGCGAGAGGUACUGCAAGACGAGUCGAACGUACAGCCUGUCAAGUGCCCAGUCACAGUCUGCGGCGAUAUCCACGGUCAAUUCCACGACCUGAUGGAGCUGUUCAAGAUCGGCGGCCCGAACCCAGACACCAACUACCUCUUCAUGGGCGACUACGUCGAUCGUGGAUACUUCUCCGUCGAGACCGUCACGCUGCUCGUCGCGCUCAAGAUCCGCUACCCACAGCGCAUCACCAUCCUGCGCGGCAACCACGAGAGUCGGCAGAUCACGCAGGUCUACGGCUUCUACGACGAGUGCCUGCGCAAGUACGGCAACGCGAAUGUGUGGAAGUUCUUCACGGACCUCUUCGACUACCUCCCCCUGACCGCUCUCAUCGACAACCAGAUCUUCUGCUUGCACGGUGGACUGUCUCCCAGCAUCGAUACGCUCGACAACAUUCGCGCGCUCGACCGUAUCCAAGAGGUGCCGCAUGAGGGACCCAUGUGCGAUCUUCUGUGGUCGGAUCCUGAUGAUAGAUGCGGAUGGGGAAUCAGUCCGAGAGGUGCUGGAUACACUUUCGGGCAGGACAUUUCGGAGGCGUUCAAUCACAACAAUGGCUUGACGCUGGUGGCACGAGCACAUCAGUUGGUGAUGGAGGGAUACAACUGGAGUCAGGAUCGAAACGUUGUCACUAUCUUCUCUGCACCAAACUACUGCUACCGUUGUGGUAACCAAGCGGCCAUCAUGGAGAUUGAUGAGCAUCUCAAAUACACCUUCCUACAAUUCGACCCCUGCCCACGCGCCGGCGAGCCCAUGGUGUCCCGCCGGACGCCAGACUACUUCUUGUAA